AUGGCCUCUCCUUCGCUGGUUUCCCUAAGCCUUGGGUAUCUUGUUCUUUUCCAUGGCUGCUUUGCUCUGUUGCAAAGUAACCCAGCCGAGUGUUGCUUUCAGAAACUGACCACACUCGAACCCACCAAGCUUGUUGAGUCUGAAGGUGGUUUCACUGAGUAUUGGGACUCCAACGAUGCGCAGCUUCAAUGUGUUGGUGUGGCUGCCCUUCGCUAUACCAUCAAACCCAAAGGCUUAUUGUUGCCUCUCUACAUCAACGCCCCAAGGCUCCACUAUGUGCUCCAAGGAAAGGGUAUCUUGGAAACAGUGAUACCAGGUUGUCGUCAAACGUUUCGAGAAGAAGCAUAUGAAGGAGACAUGCACCAGAAGAUCCAUGUUACAAGAGAGGGCGAUGUUAUAGUCGUACCAGCUGGCGCUGCUCAAUGGAUUUAUAACACCGGAGAAACUGAUCUGGUUCUGUUUUCUCUCAUAGACUCCGCCAACGGGGAUAACCAGUUGGAUCUCAAAGUCAGGAAAUUCUUCCUCGCCGGAAACCCAAAAGAGGAGCGAGAAGGCGACGGGAGCAAUGUGUUCAGUGGGCUGGCACAACAGACGGUGAAAGUGACAUUCGAUGUUAAUGAUGAACUAGCGACGAAGGUUCGGGGUCUGGAUGACCCAAGAGGUUCCAUCGUCCUAGUUGAAGGUGGGCUUGACGUAUUAAGCCCUUCGCAAGAAGAAGAAGAAGAACAAGAAGGUGGUGGUGGGAGAGAGAAUGGAUUAGAAGAAACUAUGUGUACUCUGAGACUUGUGCACCAACUAGCUGAGGCCACAGAUGCAGAUAAAUACAAUCCACGAGCUGGAUUCUUGACUGGCCUCAACACUCCAACCUUCCUGUUCUUAAAUACGUCCAACUUGGCGUUGAUCGAGGCGUCCUCUAUCAGGUAA